GUUCGUAGCAAGACGCGGUCUCACUGGUGCACAUUGUUUUCCGUCGCGUGUGAAAAUUGCUGAGUGUAUAAAAACUGUGCAUACUUAGAGAAAACUUCUGCAUUUGGUUGAAAGGGAUUAUUACAUCAGUUUUUGUAUGCUUCCUUCAUUCCUGAUGCCAUAGUAUUACUAGCUUUGUCAACUUAUACAGCAACUCAAACAACCCAUGUGUAUGGAAAGAACAAAAUAUGCACUACCAAUCUGUCCAACGAAGCACGCGAAUGGGAAAUCAGAACGGAAAACUGUUAAAAAUUGAAGUGAAAGAGUCAAAAUCACAGCUUAUGAAAUAGUGUUGUUAAUAAGAAAGCGACAGCAAAUUGAAUCCACAGCUGCUUAGAGACUAUUACCAUCCUUUAGGCAACGGACCGAUUACGAGCAAACAUUUCGAGAUCAAUAUUCCAUUAUUGGUUGUGUUGGCAUGUUAAGUGUGUUCGAUGCCGGUGCGGUUAAGUGUCGUCUAUGGCCGAAUCCGUUAAAAGUCAAUCGCUCUCUGCAUUGACGGAGGGGCAGCACGACGACGGUGGUUCAACAGCAACAUCAGCGACAUUGGCUAAUAAAACCAGUGGGACCAACACGACAAGUGCAUCCAAUCACUCGUCCCAGAGGCGACGCAACAACAACACAAACAGCAACAGAAACAAGAGUCACCACAAAAACGAGAAACGCAACGCACCGGCUACAUCAGGCCCCGCUGUAAGCUCCUCCGUCGACGUUGUACCCGCCACCUCGACUGCAUCUGCAACCUCUACCCGUCGGUCUCGCAGUCAAGGUCGCCACUCCUCCGCCGCAGCCCUCAGCAGCAAGGAGUCACAAAUCCCCAAGCGCUCCGUGGGAGCCAUCCGCUCCCCAUCUUCACCAGCAUUCAACUCCAUACCGGUCGUCAGUGAUCAAUCGCUAUCGCCCGGCAGUCGUAAGCGCCAGCUUAACCAGCACAACAACAGUAACAACAAAGCCAGCAGUAGCCACCAAUCGGCGCCCGGGGGAGAUCAGCUGGUUUGCGCGCCCCUUAAAAAACGCCGCUUGCAGCAGUCUUUGGGAUCCGGUAUCUGCGAGGGAGCGGUAGAAAUCAACUUAGGUGCAGCAAGCUUUGACCACACUCCUCGUCAGGCAUCCGGAGACUGUGUUGCACAGCGCACUCGAUCUAAGACCAUUUCGCCGGAGGAGUUGCCAAGCACAAGCAGCGCUGCGGCAGCACGCCAUCACCAGAUUCGCCCCAGUGCCAGCUCUACCAGCUUCUCGAGCAGCCAUCGAAACAAACGAAAGGCCAGUAUUGGAGGAUCAAUAGCUGCGGUCGAGACCACUCCGCAUAGAGGAACAGCAGCUGCUCGCGCCGGACGCAGCGGUAACCUGCUAAACUAUUACAGAAAAACGCGUAAGGUUAGCCACACACGCUCCUCCCAAAAGUCGGAAAAGCAGUCUAUACCAGCGGAGGACACUACGGCCAACCGAAACGGAUCAGCCGGAUCCGGAUCCAGUAGCAAGUCUGGUGUGAUACCCAAGAACAGGAAGAGCCUGCGUCAUUCGCAGCAGAACCUGCUGGACACAGAGGCGGCAGAAGUAGAGAGUGCUGCUGCUGAAACUGGAGGUGAACAGCAGUCGGAGCACGGAAAUCUGGACGUGAUCGACCAACUGCCGACCCCUGAAGCUGGUCCUAAUCAAUCAGAGGCAUCAGGAAUCCACAACCAGAGUCAAUUGGAGGCGGAUCGCCAGCCCGUGGUGCAGGACGAAGACGACGAGGAGGACGACGAGGAAGAGGAAGAAGAGGAGGAAGAGGAGGUGGGCUUCUACGGGAUUGUAAACUCUGCUGGCUCGUCAUACGAGGAAGACACACAAAUAGUUGCCGAGGAGGACGAGAUCACAACGGAGGAGGAAGUUGACGACGAGGACGACGACGAAAUCGAGGAAGAAGACCUCUCGGAGAGCGAAUUCGCGCAGCAACUGAUUGGUGAACUUGGUGGAGCAGGACCACCGCCAGCACUCUUUCAGCAGCAGGCACCGCCGCAGCUAACCCGCUACACGCCAGCAACAGCUACAACAGCGGCUACGUUUGUGCCUCCGCAGCAGCAACAGGUUGUCUACAACCCACAACAGCAGCAGCACUCAUCACUGCGACGCAGUUCACGUGGCAAGACGGGUUCUUGUGUGAGUUCGGCAGCGGCAGCACAGCAGCAGCAGCACCAUCAGCAGCAGCAACAUAGCUCCGCUGCUGCUGCUGUACAGCAGCAAUUGCUGCCACCGCCUGGUACCUAUCAAUACCAACAGGUGGGCGGCAAUACCGUUGUAGUUGCCGUGCGUCAUCAGCAACAGUUGCAACAGCAGCAGCAGCAACAGCAGCAACUGGCUUUACAUCAUCAGCAUCAGCAGCAGCAGCAUCAGCAACAGCAGCAGCAGCAUCAGCAGCAGCAGCAUCAGCAACAGCAGCGUGCCACUCUCGUGCAGCCAGGAUUCUUGUUCAGCUAUCGCAGCAAUCAACCCCAGCAGCAACAGCAACCAGCGCAGCAAAUACAUCAGGGCCCCAAAGUGACGCAUAGCAGUGCUUCGGAUGCUUUAACAUAUAGUUUGAUGGCACAACAACCGCCAAGUGGACCGCCGCAUGCAGGUGGACAGCAAAUAACGCCAGGUGCAAACUCUGCAAAUCUAAGCAUUGUAGCGGCCGCUUUGAGCGCCGCUCGUGACGUCGGGGGAGGAUCCGACGGAGGAGGAUCAGCGGGAGGCGCAACGCCAGCUACUGGAGCAUCGGCUUCAUCCGUAGGAAACACCAGCGCCGUGGGCGCGUCGAGCAGCAGCAACAGCAGUGCCGGCCAAGCAGCCAGCAGCAACAGCAACAAUGUGACUGCAACAGGAUCGGGGUCGGCUCCUGGCGGAGGACCCACGAGUACCGGGACGACCAGUGGCACUCAGCAUGGUAGUGGAUCGGGGGCAGCUGCAGCCGUUGAUUCGGAAAGCGAUGACAGUGAGGUCGGUCGACUACAGGCUUUGCUCGAAGCCCGAGGACUGCCGCCCCAUUUAUUCGGUGCCCUUGGCCCAAGGGUGACACAUAUUCUCCACCGAACCAUUGGUAACAGCAGCAGUUCCAAGGCCAAUCAACUUCUGCAAGGAUUACAAUCCCACGACGAAUCCCAGCAGCUGCAGGCUGCCAUUGAAAUGUGCCAGAUGCUCGUGAUGGGCAAUGAGGACACCCUAGCCGGUUUUCCAAUCAAGCAAGUGGUACCUGCUCUAAUACAACUCCUUCGUAUGGAGCACAACUUUGAUAUAAUGAACAAUGCAUGUAGGGCAUUGGCAUACAUGCUAGAAGCUUUGCCCCGCUCGUCAGGCACCGUGGUGGAGGCGGUUCCAGUCUUUCUAGAGAAACUUCAGGUCAUCCAAUGCAUGGAUGUGGCUGAGCAAAGUUUAUCGGCCUUGGAGAUUCUGUCACGGCGUCACAACAAGGCCAUCCUGCAGGCAAACGGAAUUUCGGCCUGCCUCACCUAUUUGGACUUCUUUUCGAUUGUGGCUCAGCGGGCAGCAUUGGCGAUUGCGGCUAAUUGCUGCCUAAACAUGCAUCCGGAGGAAUUCCACUUUGUGGCGGAAAGCUUGCCUCUACUAGCUCGCUUGCUCUCCCAGCAAGAUAAAAAAUGCAUUGAAAGCGUUUGUUCUGCAUUCUGUCGUCUAGUAGAGAGUUUCCAGCACGACGGUCAGCGCUUGCAGCAAAUCGCUAGUCCGGACCUGUUGAAGAACUGCCAGCAAUUACUGCUGGUAACACCAGCCAUCCUGAAUACAGGAACCUUCACAGCCGUCGUUCGGAUGCUAAGUCUAAUGUGUUGCAGCUGUCCAGACUUGGCAAUUUCUUUACUAAGGAACGAUAUAGCGGCCACCCUGCUUUAUUUGCUCACCGGAAAUGCAGAGCCGGCUGCUGCCAGUGCUACCCACGUGGAGCUGAUCUCACGCUCGCCUUCAGAGCUGUACGAACUUACCUGCCUCAUUGGGGAGUUAAUGCCGCGCCUACCUUUGGAUGGAAUCUUUGCUGUGGACUCACUGCUGGACAGACCAACGCUUAAUACCCAGGACCAGGUGCAUUGGCAGUGGCGCGAUGAUCGCGGCUCCUGGCACAACUAUUCUACAAUUGAUUCGCGCCUGAUCGAGGCCGCCAACCAGAGCAGCGAGGACGAGAUAAGCCUAAGCACCUUUGGACGCACCUACACUGUCGAUUUUCAUGCCAUGCAGCAGAUAAAUGAGGACACGGGCACUACACGACCCGUUCAACGUCGUCUUAACCAUAACUAUGUGGCUCCCAUGUCUGCGGGCCAGGACUUGACUACAACAUCGGCUGGAUCGGCGGCCGCGGGAGGAGCUUCCACGUCCGCUGCAGCAGCGGCAGCGUCCUCCAACAACAAUAACAAUAAUAAUAAUAAUCCACCAGGCAAUAGUGUCAACCUCAAUCAAGUAAAGCGCCGUCCAUCUCUGGAUGCUAGAAUCGCAUGCCUUAAGGAGGAGCGGGGUCUGGCUGCGGACUUUAUAAAACACAUCUUUAACGUACUGUACGAAGUAUACAGCUCUUCUGCCGGACCAAAUGUGCGUUACAAAUGCCUGCGCGCCCUUCUGCGGAUGGUGUACUAUGCCACGCCGGAGUUGUUGCGUCAGGUGCUGAAGUAUCAGCUCGUCUCUAGCCACAUUGCUGGCAUGCUAGGAAGCAAUGAUUUGCGCAUCGUUGUGGGAGCUCUUCAAAUGGCUGAGAUCUUAAUGCGCCAACUUCCCGAUGUCUUUGGCACGCACUUUCGUCGUGAGGGAGUGAUCUACCAGUUUACUCAGCUCACUGAUCCAAAUAAUCCGAUAUGCGCGAAUCCCUCGCCGAAACCGCUUAGCGCAACAGCAACGCCCACCGCAAAUGCAGGCGGAUCACAAUCGGCUCCUGCCUCCGCCAACAGCCUGCAAGUAAAUCCAUUUUUCAUGGAUAGUGCUCCGGGUUUGUCGAGUGCUUCCACGACUCCCAGCAGUAGCAAGCAUCAAUCGUACAGUGUGAAGAGCUUCUCACAUGCCAUGAACGCCCUAACAGCCAGCGCCAAAGGAACUCCUUCUGGAGCGUUGGACGCCACAAGCUCAUCUACCACAGCUGGUGGUUAUAAUUACAGCAGCUCGGCACCGUCUUCUUCCUCCGGAGCACCCGCUGCCUACUUUGUGACCCAACAGGGAGAUCCACGCCAGUACGUCCACUUUCAGCAGCCGGCCGUUCCAGCACCACCACCGCAGCAGGAACUGUUACCAUCAGGAGUUCAGCAACAAGGGCAGCAGGUGCCUCAGGUGAUCUACCAGCCACAUCAUCAACAGCCUGCACACUUAGUGCUGGCCUCCACCAGCAGUGGCGCUGCCUCGUCGUCUUCGUCUUCGUCCUCUUCGUCCUCGGCCUCUGCACUGCAGCACAAGAUGACAGACAUGCUAAAGCGAAAAGCGCCUCCGAAGCGUAAAUCGCAAAGCGGUGGCAGGGCAAAAUCUAGACAAGAAGAUGCAGCAGUCGCACCAGCGGGAUCUGGACCAGGGGGAGCGCCUCCUUCUUCAUCCGGCUCAGCUAUGCAUGAACUUCUUAGCCGUGCUACAAGUCUUGGUAGCGGGAACGGUGGCAGGAGUACGCCAAAUUCGGGAGGUGGCUCUGGAAGCUCCAAGUCCCGGUUUAACGCCGGAAACUCGUCCAAUGCCGGAUCGAGCAAAUCUUCGUUCUUGGCAUCGCUUAAUCCAGCUCGCUGGGGCCGUCAAACUCAUCAAAAUCAUCACCAUCACCACCAGCAGUCCCAGCAGCAGCAUCAUGGUCUUUCUAAAGAUUCCGGCAACUCGAACUCAACAGGUUCCGGCUCCGGAGCUGGUUUAGCAUACACGGUGAGCCAACAUGGCGCUGGUAGUGGAGCCGGAGGACUGAACGCUGCAGCCGUUGCGGCGAGUAUAAGUAAGAGCAUUUCCCACGCCAAUCUCCUAGCGGCGGCCAACAGAGAGAGGGCGCGUCAGUGGGUCCGCGAACAGGCUGUGGAUUUUGUAAAGCGUUACACUGAGCAGGAGGCCAAAAGGAGCAAGGCGGCAUCCGAGAGUGGUGCCACUCAGAGCGGGAGUAGUGGAGUGGGAUUAUCGUCGACGGGCAAUACUCCAUUGUCCACAGCGGGCAGUACCAAUGUCCUAGAGCGUUUGUCCAGCAUUCUGUUUAAGCUUAACGGGAGCUACCACGACUGUUUAGAUGCUCUCCUCGAGCUAAAGACCAUUCUUUUGGAGAGUGACAUCUCUCCCUUUGAGGUAAAUCAUUCGGGCCUGAUCAAAGCCAUGCUCAACUAUAUGACUAGCGAGACUGGACUGGUUGAGCGCGAUGCACGUCUGCGCAGCUUUAUGCACGUAUUCGCUGGCCUUCCAUUAGAGCCUCUGCUGCAAAACGUCGGCCAGAUGCCAACUAUCGAGCCGAUAGCCUUCGGAGCCUUUGUGGCCAAGCUAAAUGGUUGUGUCACGCAACUAGAACAGUUUCCUGUUAAGGUACACGACUUUCCUGCCGGUCCUGGUGGAAGGUCCAAUCAGAGUGCUCUGCGUUUCUUCAACACCCAUCAGCUUAAGUGCAACCUGCAACGCCAUCCGCAGUGCAAUAACCUACGUCAGUGGAAGGGCGGAACUGUAAAGAUCGACCCCUUGGCCAUGGUCCAGGCCAUCGAGCGUUACCUGGUGGUGCGCGGCUAUGGUGGCAUUCGUGCAGACUCCGACGACGACAGUGAAGAGGAUAUGGAUGACAAUGUGGCGGCAGUGGUGUUGUCCCAGGCGAGCUUUAGACACAAGUUGCAGUUUACGAUUGGGGAUCACGUGCUGCCCUAUAACAUGACGGUUUAUCAGGCGGUCAAGCAGUUCUCGCCACUGGUCAGUGAACAACCUGAGACGGACAACGAGUCGGAGACUCUUUUAGGAAACGCUAGUAUAUGGGUGCAGCAGCAUACUAUUCACUAUCGUCCUGUAGAGGAGGAAGUGACUUCGGGAGCGGCUGCGGGAGCAGCAUCCAGCAGCAGUUCGUGUAGCAGUGGCGUGCAAAAACAGCAGAGCUCUUCAAGCUCCGCAUCCAGCUGUGUAAACGCUACCUCUUCGUGCUCCUCAUCUUCUGGAGUGGCAAGCGGUGGCGGGUCGUUAACAAAGAAGGCUCACAAAUCUAGCAGCAAGUUCAUGCGCAAGAAGACUGAGCUAUGGCACGAAGGAAUAGCUCCUGUAGUGAUUUCAGCUCUAAAGCCUUUCCUUAGCAGCUCUCUUCCAGCUGAUGUUGUGACCGUACAAGACGCCUCAUUGGAUGCACUGUGUAUGCUGCGAGUUAUUCAUGCUCUAAAUCGUCACUGGGACCAUCUCUACGGUUGUGUGGUGCGCCAAAACAUUAUUCCCCAGUCAGACUUUAUACAUCCUAAGAUUAUGGCCAAGGCGAAUCGUCAGCUGCAGGAUCCGCUUGUCAUCAUGACAGGCAAUCUACCACAGUGGCUUCCCCAGAUAGGCAUGGCCUGUCCCUUCCUCUUCCCAUUCGAGACUCGUCACCUGCUUUUCUACGCAACCAGCUUUGAUCGGGAUCGCGCUUUGCAGCGUCUGUUGGACACUACCCCCGAUCUUAAUGCAGCGGAGUCUUCAGAGCGCGUGGCUCCUCGCCUUGAUCGCCGCAAGCGAGCGAUUUCCCGGACAGAGAUACUCAAACAGGCAGAGCACAUCCUACAGGACUUUGGGCACUCGAAGGCACUGCUGGAAAUUCAGUACGAGAAUGAGGUCGGAACGGGUCUGGGACCUACAUUGGAAUUCUACGCUUUGGUUUCUGCUGAGCUGCAGCGUACCGACCUUGGCCUAUGGAAUGGCAGUGAUAGCUACAAACAGAACUCUGUGACCAUUGUAGACGUAGUCAAGGCCAACAGCGCUGUGCUGCACAUCGAGGAUGCUCUUGAGGCAACCACCACGGACCAGAACACUCCAGCAGUAGCAGGAGCGUCGCUUGUGAGCAGCAGCACCACCACUACAACAACAACCGCACAACAACACCAGCAUCCGCCCACACGCUCUAGCAGUCGUUCGCACGUCUUGCGUAGCGGAGCUGGCCAACAGCCGGUGGAGCACAGCUCCUCUAGCGCCGGCGCCAAUGAGAAUGCUUUAAAUAUGGUUAUAGCACAGCAAUUUAGUGAUACAAACUCUGCUAACCCAGCAGCGAUUGAUAAUCCCAGCAGCACCACUACCGCAACAACGGUUGUACAGCAUAAUACCACUACGAAUAACUCAAGCAUUAUCACGACUACAACCACGACGAGUUAUGUGCAUGCGGUGCAUGGCCUGUUCCCUUUGCCUCUGGGUAAAUCUUCGAAGCUUCCGCAGAUGACUAAGGCCAAGGCCAAAUUCAAAUUCUUGGGAAAGUUCAUGGCAAAGGCGGUGAUGGACAGUCGCAUGUUGGAUUUGCCAUUUUCUUUGCCAUUCUAUCGCUGGUUAGUCAGCGAAGAGCAUUCAAUCGGCCUGGCCGAUCUGAUGCGUGUGGCCCCGGAGGUCCAAAACACUCUAGUGCGACUCCAAGACUUGGUUCGCCAGCGGGAGUACAUUCUAUCCGAUCCAAACAUCGAUGCCAUGGAAAAGACUGAAAAGAUUGAACAGCUAGACUUGGAUGGCUGUCCCAUUGCUGACCUAGGCUUGGACUUUGUAUUGCCCGGACAUGCCAAUAUAGAGUUGUGUCGGGGCGGUCGCGAUACACCUGUCACUGUGCACAACCUUCACCAGUACAUCUCCCUGGUCACAUACUGGUUCCUUAUCGAGGGUGUCCAGAAACAGUUUGAGGCUUUGCGUGAAGGUUUUGAUUCCGUUUUUCCAAUCCAACGGUUGCGAAUGUUCUAUCCAGAGGAGUUGGAGUGCGUUUUCUGUGGAUCGGGCAGCGAGCAGCAGCAUUCGCGAUGGGAAAUCAAGAUGCUGCAGGAGAGCUGCCGCACUGAUCAUGGAUUCCACCAGGACUCGCAAGCUAUCCAAUAUCUGUAUGAGAUCCUGGCCUCUUACAACCGCGACGAACAGCGCGCCUUCUUACAGUUUGUGACUGGAUCACCACGCCUUCCGACUGGAGGAUUCAAGGCCCUUACGCCACCACUGACUAUUGUACGCAAGACGUUGGAUGAGAACCAAAACCCUAACGAUUACUUACCAUCUGUGAUGACCUGUGUCAACUAUCUAAAGUUGCCCGACUACUCUAGUCGCGAGGUGAUGAGGCAGAAGCUGAAAGUGGCUGCUAACGAAGGCAGCAUGUCUUUCCACCUCUCAUAAGCAAGCAACAAACCAAAACCCAACCGAACCCCGCUUUCCACAAACAACCAGAUUUACAGCAACACAAAUCGGAAACUACAAAAAUACUACAUGGAAUAUAUUAAGGAGGGUAUAUUCCGGAUGGAUUAAUUGGAUGGGGGUCCUAUUUGCAUUUUUUCUUUCGAUCGUUAGUUUCGCCGCGCGCGUUUUCCCAAGCUCCUUAAAUUUUUCAUUUUGGCAAGCGCGUGUCAUACUAAAUUUCAAUAUAAAUAUAUAAGUAUAAUAUAUUUUUUAUUACCAAGUUUUGCAAAAAAGUUAAACGGAAACACGGAUAACAUCGAGAAAGAAAAUAAUGAUGGACCUCUCACACAAAAUGUUACCUUUAAAAAAUUUGAAUAGUAAACAUCGAUUAUUCAAUAAAAGACCAUUUGUCCACCCAUAAACGCACAAAGCGGUAUAUUUGUCGAUUAGGGCUUUGCAUUCGUUCUAGUUAAAUUUGUUUAGUUUGCUUUUCCCAUUCUUAUUAUCCUCAAGCAAAUUCUAACUCAUAUUAUUCAUAAUCAAACCAUUAUUUUAUUAAGUUUUUAUUUGUUAUGUUGAACUAUUUCUCUGGCGUUUAACUAUGAGUUUAAUUAUUUGUAAGCAUACAAUGUGCAUAAACGCUUAUUAGAAAGAAACGUGAAUGAAAAUACAAUGAAGGGGAAACACUGAAGCAUUGGAGGUGAGGAGUAACACUUAUAUGGAAAAGAAAGAAUUCAUAAUGUUUUACAUAUAACUCCCAAAAUAAAUGAUCUGAAUAAAUUAAAGCGCCCACCCUGAAAAGUUACAUAUAAAGAUUUAAUAAUAUAUAAAACGUAAUUAUCUAUCUUGCAAGUCUAAGAGAAAAUUUAAUGCAAAUUUUGCAAGCUGUGUUACAUAAAGAAACAAAUAAAAACAAAUGCCAUCAUUGGGUGUAUGUUUAAUUAAAGGAUGAGAAAUGGAUUAAGGGAAAGCGGACAAAACGAAGUUUGUGUUUAGUACACAUCCCCUUUACAUAAUCUAUGCUUAUAUAUGCUUUUAUAUAUAUAUAUAUAUAUAUAUAUAUAUAUAUAUAUAUAUAUAUAUAUAUAUAUUUAAACUGUAACAUUGUAUAACUUCUAUUGUACUUGAUGCAUACGCAUACGAAAGAGAACAGAAUGCUGGUAAUAAAAAUUGAUUAACAUUUAAACCGAGAAGCGAAAUCGAUCUUACAUUAAAACUAGAUACAAAUCUUUGCAGUACUGAAAAACUGAUUACAGACAUGUGGUAUAUAUACAUAUAACUUUAAAAUCAUAUAUAUAUAUAUAUAAAUAAUAUAAUUAUACUUAACUGAAAGCAUUGGCAUCUCGCGAGAUGCUGGCCAAGCUAAAAUGUAAAACGCUAGAAUUAAAUUAUCAAAUAAAAGUAAUAACUAUGUAGUUACAUUAACAAACACAUUUGCUCUACGAUAACGACAAAAAAAUAAGACAACUAAGAAGCAAACAAAUAAAAAAGAUUAUAUGAAAAGGAAAUAUAUGCUUUCUUUAGUUUGUCCUGGCGUGUUAUU